AUGCAUCCCCGGGGAAAGUUUCUGGCCGGACAUUUGUCCGCUUUCUAUAUCACUCCGGCAACAACUGCGGCACUCAUUUCUAGAAAUCAUAACGAUUGGGCACAUCUACAGUUGCUCAAAAGGACACCAAGUUCAGAUGCCGGAAACAUGAAUCAGGUACACUUCGGAACAGCUUCGGCACGGCGCCGUAACGCUAUGAUUCUAGAAAACAACAGUGGCGACGGAGACGACGACGAUGCACCAAAAGAAGGAUUCCUUGCAAACCUCCGUCUUGCAUUAUUCCACCUUGUUCUGAUCUUUGCCACUGUUGCCUAUAUUAUCGCCGGUGCAUAUCUGUUCACCAAAAUCGAGCAUCAAGCGGAAUUGGAUCGUUACCAGUCAUAUCAUACAAUCUAUCGAGGCUUCGUUGAGAACCUCUUUUAUCAAUCCUCGAAUCGGUCGUCAACUGAUGUUGAGAAUCUGAUUGACACCUUUACAUUAAUAAAUUUUCGAGCGUUCAAGGAAGGAUUGAAACCAACUGUGACUGAAAUACUUCUAGAUUUCCUCGUCCCUCAAGAAACUAGUCGCUGGUCGAUGAUAUCCGCAAUAUUCUUCACAACGACAGUACUUACCUCCAUCGGGUACGGAAACCUGAUUCCAAUCUCAACAGGUGGCAAAAUUUUUUGUGUUGGAUAUGCGAUUUUUGGUAUCCCGUUAACGUUGGUGACCAUUGCUGACUUAGCCAAGUUUGUAGCAGAUAUGUUAAUAAUGGAUCCAACAGAAGAUCCAAAAACAGGACGUCAGCUGCUGGUGUUAGUGUUUCUUCUGGGCUACAUGACUAUCUCAGCCUGUGUGUAUACGAUUUUGGAGCCAAUGUGGUCGUUUUUGGAUUCGUUUUAUUUUUGUUUGGUUUCGUUGCUAACGGUCGGAUUUGGAGAUCUCUAUCCGACUGGUACUGUUGAAUACAUGCUGUGCUCCAUAGUAUUCAUCUUCAUCGGACUCAUUCUGACCACACUUGCGGUCGAUGUGAGUGGAUCGGUUGGAAUUGCCAAGAUGCAUUCUAUAGGAAGAGGAUUUGAUGCUAUGAAAAUGUUGAACGCGUUACGUGUUCGAAAAAGUGAGUUCGUCGCUAAAGGGGCGGUCUCAUUGUCGGCGGCCGCGCGGGUGGCGGCGGGUCGUCGUCUCGACGGUCAACAGCCCCCAUCUCAGCAACAACCCCAACAACGACUACUACUCAUACGAGUAUCUGACUCCAACUAUGACGAAAAUACAAAGCUAGUGGUCACUUCCUUCUACGGACCACGUCGUCAAGAAGAUGCCAACAAUAACAGUACUUCCUCUCCAUCAACCACUUGCACAUCAUUUCACAACAUAUCAACUCAUUUUGUAAAUAUCACUCCAGAUGACGUUAUUAAAUUUUUCGACGAGCAUCCAACCCAAUCAUAUAUAUUCUCGAAAGGACCGGAACCCAUUCGACAUGUUCUCAUUCCUUUAUUUGUAAGGAACGAACGAUAUGUUCCCCAUCAAAUACAUCAAUAUUAUGAUAUCAAUCAUUUGUUUUAUCAAAAUGUGGAUGAAAACCAAAUGGAAGAACAUGAGUCUGAACAAAAUUUGGAUGACGUGGAGAUUGCUAAAUCUAUUCUGGAAUUAAGUGAUGAAAACCUUCAAAAACUCCAAAGAACUGUUCAAAUCGACUACCGACCGGCUCCAAUUCUCGAGGAACAUAAUUUGGGAAUCGAUGGAGACAACGUUGUUUGUAGAGCACGCGGUCUUCCAUGGCAAGCAUCAGAUCAGCAUGUUGCUCAGUUUUUUGCUGGGUUAGAUAUUGUGCCAGGAGGAAUCGCCCUUUGCCUCUCAUCUGAAGGUCGUCGAAACGGUGAGGUGCUCGUCCAAUUCGCCACUCAGGAAUCCCGAGAUUUGGCUCUGAAGAGGCAUCGAAAUUUCCUCUUGUCACGAUACAUUGAGGUUUACAAGGCUGGAUUAGACGAAUUCAUGCAUGUUGCUACAGGCUCUUCAAUCGAAGCCAUGGAGUUUGUGAGCGCGAAUGCGGUCAUUGUCAGAAUGCGUGGACUUCCGUACGAUUGUACCGAUACUCAAAUUCGGGCAUUUUUCGAACCACUCAAACUGACGGAUAAGAUUUUGUUCAUCACGAGAACCGAUGGACGUCCUACUGGCGACGCAUUUGUCCAAUUCGAAACCGAAGAAGAUGCACAGAAAGGACUCUUGAAACACCGUCAAAUUAUUGGUCAACGGUAUAUCGAACUUUUCAAAAGUACCGCUGCAGAAGUGCAACAAGUCGUCAAACGUUGCAACCUUAUCAACAGUUCUCCAGCCGUCACAAAUGCUGUCGAGGCUCCAGAAGAGAAGAAAAAGGAUUGUGUUCGUCUUCGCGGACUCCCUUAUGAAGCUACAGUGCAACACAUUGUUACAUUCCUCGGAGACUUUGCCCAGAUGGUAAAGUUCCAAGGUGUGCAUAUGGUGUACAAUAACCAAGGAAAUCCAUCCGGCGAAGCGUUCAUCCAGCUUAUCAGCGAAGCUGCAGCCGCCGCCACCGCCGCCGGUGUUCACAACAAUUUCAUGUGUGUUGGCAAGAAGAAGCGAUACAUCGAGGUGUUCCAGUCGUCUGCCGAGGAGUUGAACCUUCAACACUUGGUUCAUCAACAACCACAACUUCCACCACAACCGGCUCUCGGAUUCUUAGGGCAUCUCCCACCACCGGCUCAGGUUCCACAGACCCAGCAGAUUUGGUCGAGUUAUCCAUCUCCGCCGAUUUCACCCAUUGUGCCAGGGCAGGUCACUCAGUUGAUUAUUUACGGGAUUCAUAUGAGCAUCGGGGUGCCAGAGCUUGUCGCUAACUUCACCACUCCGGAGCACACUGUGGAUAAUGUUCUAUUCACCCGCUGGCCAACUCAUCUCUGUCCAGGAGAGGCGAUUAUCACACUUCGUAGCCGUGUUGCUCCGCCACCUCAAACUGCUCAAACCAGUCCGUUAUCCCAAGUUUCGCAAAUGUCUGCGUAUUCUCAUCACUAUCAUUCAACACACAACUUCCCACUUCAACCCAUUCUUAUGGAAUAG